GUCCGUACCCUGUCUCUGGCUCAUUCGUGCCGUGCGCUUUCGCUGCGGCCAGCCCUUCCCAAUCUCUCCCCUCACGCGCCUCGCCCUGCGAGGCCGAAACCCUAGCUAGGGUUCUACCCGCCGCCGGAGGCCUAGCCUCGCCCGAGCUCGCCAAGCCAUGGACGCCGGCCGCAAGAGGGCCGCGCCGGAGGGCGCCAACGGCGCCAGCGCCAAGCGCGCGAGAGAACUGGAGACGUCUCAAAUGGGUGUAGGAAGCAAAUCGAAGCCGUGCACCAAAUUUUUCAGCACUGCUGGUUGUCCUUUUGGUGCGAGUUGCCAUUUUCUCCAUAACUUCCCUGGUGGCUACCAGGCUGUUGCAAAGAUGACCAACUUGGGUGGACCUGCUGUUCCAGCCCCUCCGGGGAGAAUGCCUAUGGGACCUGGUGUUCCUGAUGGGCCACCUUCACCCGCUGUGAAGACUCGCAUGUGUAACAAGUACAACACUGCUGAAGGAUGUAAAUGGGGGAACAAAUGUCAUUUUGCUCAUGGAGAAAGGGAGCUUGGAAAGCCCAUGCAGUUGGACAACUCAAUGGGACCACCAAUGAGACCAGGGCCCAACGGUCACUUUAUGCCCCCGCCAAUGCCUGUCCCAGACAUGGUUCCUCCCUCAACAUUUGGAGCUUCAGCCACAGCAAAGAUUAGUGUUGAUGCGUCUCUUGCUGGCGCCAUCAUUGGGAAGGCUGGUACCAACACAAAGCAUAUAUCCCGUGUGACUGGGGCGAAGUUAGCCAUCAGGGACAAUGAGGCUGAUCCCAGCCUUAAAAACAUUGAGCUUGAGGGAACAUUUGACCAGAUCAAGCAUGCUAGUGCAAUGGUCACAGAGUUAAUUGUCCGCAUUGGUGGUAAGGCCCCUCCACAAGCCAAGAACCCAGGCAGGGGUUCCCAUGCUGGGGGGCCUGGAAGCAACUUCAAGACCAAGCUGUGUGAGAACUUCAACAAAGGCUCCUGCACGUUUGGAGACAGGUGCCACUUUGCCCAUGGUGAGAAUGAGCUGCGCAGACCUGCUGCUGCUUGACCGAUGUUUGUUGAAGCCUGUGAUGGUUACUAUGGCUGUAUGGUUGAAUAACACCAGAACAAAGGGCAAUCGCCCAUGCUGAAAUGAGCUGUGCAAGCCUGAUGCUGACUGAGAGAUGCUCUUCGUGGCUUGUAUUGAUCGUACUGCUGUAACACUGCUGGAGAUUCGCAAUUACCGUGCCUUAGGGGUUUAUAGGACUAUCGUAUCUCUCCAUUUCUCUGUUUUGCAUCCUUUUUUGUACCGUUUCUUAGGCACUUGUCUGGCAGAUUAUUGUGAUUCUAUUGACUUGACAAUAGAUGCUUUUUUAUACUAUCUGUUUGUGAAA